UGUUUGAUGUGUGCCCUCUGCAUACGCCACCAGCGCCGCCCCAAGAGAGCAGCAGUAGGACAGGCAACAUGGGUAGACCAGCCAUGUACCUGGAUUGUCAGGAAGGCCAUCACACGCCACCAGACCAGUGAUUCUCAUAAAGAAGCUGCAGCAUUUGAGGCUAACAGGUCUGCACCAAAGACAAUGCAUGGAGUGGUGGAAGAGAUGACCAGCCUGCAGCUCCAGGCUCGGGUGGCAGCAUUCCGCAACCUGUACUGGCUUAUUAAGCAGGAAAUGCCACACACCUCAAACUACCUGCCACUUAUGCAGCUAUGCAAAGAGCAAGGUGUCAAUAUCUUGUCAAACCUUGACCAGGGAGGAAAUAACAAUGGCCAGUCUCAGCGGUUCAUCCAAGAGGCUGUCUUGACCAUGGGACAGUGCCUGAGGGACAACCUCCUGGAAAAAGUACGGGCAUCACCAUGGUACACCAUAAUGGUGGAUGAAACAACAGAUGUUGCCGUCCUCAGUGAAAUGAUUGUUUAUAUAAGAUUUCUAAAGGAUGGUUGCAGCCAGACAGAGUAUUUGUCGAUCGUGCCUCUUAAAGAUGGCAAGGCAGAUACCAUCACAACAGCCAUCCUGGAGUUACUGUCAUCAUGCAACCUGCCUCUGCAGCAGAUGUGUGCCUUUGGAAGUGAUGGAGCGGCAGUGAUGGUUGGGAAGAAGACUGGGGUUGCUGUCCAGCUUAGACAGAGAGUUCCUCACCUGAUCAGCAACCACUGUGUGGCCCAUCGAUUGGCACUGGCUGUAGCACAGGCUGUGAAAGGGGUUCCUUACCUCCCAAGGUUUAAGGAUAUCCUUGGGGACCUCCAUAGGUUUUAUGAUCACAGUCCAGUACGCACAUCAGGCCUGAAGGACAUACAGAAAUUGCUGAAUGAGCCAGUUCUCAAGCUGGUAGAAGCUAAGGAUGUACGGUGGCUGAGCCAUGACAAGGCAACAAGCACGCUGAUGAAGUGCAUUCCUUCAGUGUUUACAAGUCUGGAACGGGAGGCUGAGGAGAGGAAUGAUGUCAGGGCAGCAGGACUUGCAAAGUUCACCCAGAACCAUCACUUUGUAAUGUCUCUUCAUAUGAUGUGCGACACUCUACCUCAUCUCACAGAACUAUCAACUGUCAUGCAUGUAUGUGUAGAUUAA